AUAUCCAGCCAUUGAGGCUUUUUUUAAAAAAAAGCAUGUCUAAAAGCUGGGAGAGAAUUAGUUUUAAGAAGUCUCCGCCUCUUGAGUUUGGAUUUUUUUUAAAUGGUCCAAGCCCCUCUCUGCUUGUGGCUGGUUUUUCAAGUCACACCAGUGGCUUGUUAAUAUUUUGCCCGAAAGACACCCACGGAUCUUUAGCCUUUUUUUGAAGCUGGCCUGUCCUCUCAGAAAGAGCCAGCAUCCUCUAAAGAAGCCAUCAGAAGCAGUGGGAAGAUGACUGAAAGCCCCCGAAUCAGGAACUCGCCAGAACCACAGAAUGUCUCGGAAGAUUCUGGAACAGGUCAGGAAGAGCCUGUAGCGUCUCUCUGGACCACAUCGGCCGACGGGCUGGUCAAACUCCGAAUGGACGCCACCUGCCCCCAGACCCCGAUGACGGUCCACCAGAUGUUUCAAGAAUCCCUCGAGAAAUACGGGUCGCUCCACGCGAUGGCCAGCAGAAAGGAGGGGAAGUGGGAAAAGAUUACCUUCUCGGAGUAUUAUGCCCUGUGCCGGAAAGCAGCCAAAAGCUUUUUGAAGCUCGGCCUGGAACGAUUCCACAGCGUUGCGAUUCUUGGGUUCAAUUCGGCGGAGUGGUUCAUUUCGGCCGUCGGGACAGUUUUUGCUGGCGGUAUCGUGACCGGGAUCUACACCACCAGUUCGCCUGAGGCCUGCCACUACAUCGCCCACGACUGCAGAGCUAAUAUCAUCGUGGUAGAAAACCAAAAGCAGCUGGACAAAAUAAUACAGAUCUGGGAUCGUUUGCCACACUUGAAAGCGGUCGUGAUGUACAAGGGCCCUCUGCUUGAGAAACGCCCCGGUUUGUACACGAUGGACAAAUUUAUGGAACUGGGCCACGAGGUAGAGGAUGAAACACUUGACGCCAUCAUCAACUCCCAGAGGCCGAAUCAGUGUUGUGUUCUGAUUUACACAUCCGGAACCACUGGGAAGCCAAAAGGUGCCAUGCUGAGUCACGACAAUAUCACGUGGACCUCCGCGCACGCCAGCCGGGCCGGCGACAUGCAGCCGGCCGAGAUCCAACAGGAGAGGAUUGUCAGCUACCUUCCCCUCAGCCACAUCGCGGCCCAAAUAUACGACCUCUGGACCGGGAUCAAAUGGGGAGAGCUGGUCUAUUUUGCUGAGCCAGAUGCUUUGAAGGGUGGCUUGGUGGACAUCCUCCGAGAAGCUCUGCCCACAUCGCACAUGGGGGUCCCUCGGGUCUGGGAGAAGAUCAUGGAGAAGAUCAAGGAGGUCUCCACUCAGUCUGGGUUUGUGAAGAAGAAAAUGCUCUCCUGGGCCAUGUCGGUCAGUUUGGAACGAAACCUGAGCUUCUCGAACAGUGACUUGAAACCUUUCCGAAUGAGACUGGCAGACGCCUUGGUGCUGGCAAAAAUCCGCCAGGCGCUGGGCUUUUCUCAGUGCCAGAAGCAUUUCUGCGGCGCCGCGCCCCUCUCGACCGAAGUCAUGCAGUUCUUCCUGGGCCUGAACAUCCCUUUAUAUCAAGCCUACGGGAUGAGCGAGACCACAGGCCCCCACUGCAUGUCGGGGCCGUACGUUUACCGACGUUACAGCUGCGGGAAGGCCGUCCUGGGUUGCAAAGUGAAACUGGCCCACGAGGACGAGGAGGGCCAUGGCGAGAUAUGCUUCUGGGGACGGACGGUCUUCAUGGGCUAUCUGGACAUGGAGGACAAGACCCGGGAGGCCAUUGACGAGGAGGGCUGGCUCCAUUCCGGAGACCUCGGCAAGAUAGACCAAGACGGAUUCGUCUACGUCACGGGGAGAAUUAAAGAGAUCAUUAUUACUGCUGGGGGCGAAAACAUUCCUCCCAUCCCCCUGGAGGAAGGCGUCAAGAAGGAGCUCCCACUGGUGAGCAACGCCAUGCUGAUCGGUGACCAGAGGAAGUUCUUAUCCAUGCUGCUGACUCUGAAAUGCGCCGUGGAUCCGGAGACCUCCGAACCCACAGACAACCUGACCCAAGAGGCCAGAGAUUUCUGCCAGAAAAUCGGCAGCAAAGCCGCGAAAGCAUCCGAGGUGGUGAAGCUGAAGGAUCAGGCGGUUUACCGGGCCAUUCAAGAGGGCAUCGACCGCGUCAACGCACGCGCCGUGGCCAAUGUCCAGCGCAUUCAGAAAUGGGCCCUCCUCGAGAAGGAUUUUUCCAUCUCUGGGGGAGAAUUUGGGCCGACGAUGAAACUCAAGCGUCAAGCCGUGGUGGAGAAGUACAAAGAUGAAAUCGACUCCUUUUACAAAAAUUAACGUCAAGUGCCGACGGGACCCCUCUCCGAGCUCCGUGGGACCGAGACGACUUGGAUAGGAUAAGCUAGAGUAGCAAUCUAGAGCAGCUGCUAUGCAGUUGCACCCACCCUUUUUAAAGAGGAGCAACUGGUGCUUACUGGGUCUUCACAAGGGAACAUUCCUAACGCCCAGUAUGUCACUUUGGAGGGUAUAUUCAGCCCGUUGAAACUCCAAUAGACACGGAAAUCAAUGUUGACCUUCAUUUAUAGUUUGUAGAUGCUGGAAAUGGGACGACCGAUUUGGGAUCAAGGUGAAAUAGUCUUUAAAUGCCCAGCAGACAGGACUCCUUCCAAGAUUGGAAUUUUUUUGGGGGGGGGGCAUUGCCGGGUAUAUGUUAAAAGAAAUUGUAUGCAGUCUAGCAAACAGAACCACCUACUAAUUUUGUAUUGUCUCAUAGGAUGUUUAAAUUGAAUGGAUUCAACCCUGGAGGAAAUAAAACUAAGUAAA